AUAUUGUGCUCAUAUCCGAUUCGUUGUUUGUAGUUGCUUCUGGCUUUUGCUGCGUCUUCCUACCCUCAGCUGCUCUCCAAAGAGCUGAGGGCGAGGGCGAAAGCGAGGGAACAGAGGGCGAACGAGGGAUAGAUAGCGGGUAGGAGGGAUCGAGGAAGAAGAGAAGGUGGGCGGGGAGAGGGAUUUUGGUUUGAUGGCGGACGCUUUCUGCCCCGACUGCAAGCGGAGCACGGAGGUGGUGUUCGACCACUCGGCGGGGGACACGGUGUGCUCCGAGUGCGGGCUGGUGCUGGAGGCGCACUCCAUCGACGUGACCUCGGAGUGGCGCACCUUCGCCAACGAGUCCGCGGACAACGACCCCGUUCGUGUCGGCGGGCCCACCAACCCCCUCCUCACCGACGGUGGCCUCUCCACCGUCAUCUCCAAGCCCAACGGCGCGCAGGCCGAGUUCCUCUCCUCCUCCCUCGGCCGGUGGCAGAGCCGCGGCGCCAACCCCGACCGCAACCUCAUCCUUGCUUUCAAGACCAUCGCCACCAUGGCCGACAGGUUGGGCCUUGUUGCCACUAUCAAGGACCGGGCCAAUGAGAUAUACAAGAAAAUUGAAGAUCUUAAGUCUAUUAGAGGGCGAAAUCAAGAUGCAAUUUUAGCUGCUUGUCUAUACAUUGCUUGCCGACAGGAAGACAGGCCUCGAACUGUGAAGGAAAUUUGCUCUGUUGCCAAUGGAGCUGCAAAGAAAGAAAUUGGUCGGGCUAAGGAGUUCAUUGUAAAACAGCUUGAAGUUGAGAUGGGACAGUCAAUGGAGAUGGGAACAAUUCAUGCUGGAGAUUUUCUGAGACGUUUUUGUUCACAUCUUGGUAUGACAAAUCAAGCAGUUAAAGCUGCUCAGGAAGCAGUCCAGAAGUCAGAAGAGCUUGAUAUAAGGAGAAGUCCUAUAUCAAUUGCAGCGGCUAUCAUUUACAUGAUAACACAGUUAUCAGAUGACAAGAAGCCUCUCAAAGACAUAUCCCUGGCAACCGGAGUAGCAGAAGGCACCAUCCGGAACUCCUACAAAGAUCUCUAUCCUUAUUCUUCAAGGAUCAUUCCAACCUCCUUUGCAAAAGAGGAGGACCUAAAGAACCUCUGCAGCCCAUAAUUUGUUCUCAGAAGAGUGUCCGAAAACCUGAUACAUCUUCAGGUACAAUCAUACAUCCAGUUAUGGAUGGUAUGAUAGUAUCGACUGAUGCAAUGUUUAGUUGUGAACUUGAUCUGACCUGUU